GGGUUGGCCAAGGGGGGCAUUUAGAUUGUCAGCAAUGUCGGAAGGCACUAAAGGAUUUAUAACCAUGUGUCAGAACGAUGUCUACAAAGACACCACGUCAGCUUUGGAGGAAGUGAGGUUCAGACCGUCACAAAACACUGACACCAUUCCCAACAAGAUUCUUGCGCUUAUUACCACAGAACAAAUCGAAUCUGCCAACCUGAACGGAAACCAAGACGGCAAAACCCAUAUCUCUGACAACGGGAGGAUUUCUUUCGAGCUCUCUGAGGUUGCUCUGUCUACUCCCUGCCCUUUUUAGGAAAGAACUGACAUUCUACCAUGUUCCUUGCCAAACUGCACAAUCGGGCUCUUUUGCGGAUGCAAACGCUGUCCUCGGUGCGGAAGCAACUACUAAGCAACAACGACUUGUCUCCGCCAACGACCACAUCCAACUUUGUUCUGGAGGGUGCCAUGUCUCAUUCGUUGCAGCCACAUGGUUCCUCUCGAAUCGUUUGCAUGAGUGAUACCCAUGGCAAACAUGCCGAUAUCCCCUUUUUACCACACGGAGACGUGUUGAUCCAUGCCGGAGACUUUACCAAGAUUGGAGAGACAGAUGCCGUACAUGAUCUAAGUCGCUAUUUUCAACAACAGCAACAAGAUUCCGGCUUUCAAGAGGUGGUUUGUAUAGCGGGAAACCACGACAUUACGUUCCAUCCAGACUAUUAUGAGAAAACAUGGUCAAGGCAUAUUCGGUCAUUUGACCCAUUCGAAACCAGAGAGGCAUUGCAACACUGUACCUACCUGGAAGAUUCCAGUGCUCGAAUCUUGAAUGACAAGAUUAGCGUGUAUGGGUCGCCGUGGACUCCAAGUUUCUUUCAAUGGGCAUUCAACUUGGAACGGGGAGAAGCAUUGGGAAAAGUGUGGGGAAGAAUACCCAAUGACACAGAUGUCCUUGUCACCCAUGGACCGCCUCAGGGUCGUCAGGAUGUCACACUUCACUCGGGCAACUUUGGAUGUCAAGAUUUGUUGCAGGAGAUUCAAGAUCGCGUCAAACCUCGCUUGCACAUUUUUGGUCAUAUUCAUGAGGGAUAUGGUGUCAGCUACGAUGGCCAUACCCUCUAUGUCAAUGCGUCCAAUCUGGAUAUUGGUUACGAAGCUAUCAAUCCGUGCAUUGUCAUUGAUUUACCCCAUGACAAGACCCAGCCGGCCAUGGUGGUGGAACCGCAACAAUGGAUCCAUGAUAUGGAGGAUUUCCUCUUUUGGCUCAAGCAGAACAACUACCGAGUUAUUGCCAACGCCAUUGAAGAAGCCAAGCCAAAGGAACUUUCUCUCCUGUCAGACAACAAUCCAAACCUUUAUUCUGGGCAUACCUAUCAGAACCUCUGCGAUCAGGUUGGACUCAAGCGACGGAAACAUCGUCCUGCCAAAUUAGAGCUCCAGACAGCAUUGUGUCAAUUGUAUGCCGAGUCCUUCUUUUAGAAUAUCAUACAACAAACCUAUCCUUCGUCGAUUUGGAUGGAUGAACAUGUACACACAGAGACCAAGCAAACAAAUUUCACUCGCUUGUAUUGCUUGGAUACGGUAGACACAACUGUUCAUAGUAGAAUCAAGUCAAUUAGAAAGCAUUAUAAACACAGCUCAUAAUAGCAACCUAUGGCUGCCACAGUCAAGAAAGUUGAGGUAUAAACGAGUUCUAUCCUGGGCCGAUCCAAAACCUACUAGUAAUCAACCUUUGC